AUGGAUUUACAGGAGGAUUUUAAAAGCAUGGACCGCUGUCUCUCUCGCAAAAGGGAGCAACUUUACAGAAGGCUCCUUACUAAUGCUUCUGAGGGUUUAACUUUCUCUCAAGAUGUCAUGUGGGAGAUGGGACCAGACAACAUCCCAUACAACAAUGCUGACUUCAGCUGGCUUUUCUGUGCUUCCGGGCUAUUGGCACCAAGCAACAGAUCUAAGAGCAGAAAACAAGGAAGAACAAAAGCAUCAAUGCACCAAGCUCAAACUCGAGGCUUUGUGACUCCGUUUUUACGAGCCUUGCCCCCAGUUCAGUCUGCACUCCAUCAUACACUGACCACUAAUAAGUCUUCUAUUAUGCCCUACCACGAUGGUGGAACUUUAAACAUAGUUAAAAGGAUAGGAUUGAGUGGAGCCUUAAAUGUGCACCAUAAAAUUCAGAGCCAGUUCCCCAACAUAUUAGAGGAAGAAGAGCAGAGCAGUACAAACAAUGGAGAUAAGUUUGUGCUGAAGAAGCUAACCAAGAAUACAACUCAGUCUAAACCAAGGCUGCAGUCACUGCUAAAAGAUCAGUAUGAGUCAGCCAGUGCCACUGAUGAGUAUGUCAUAACCGAGUGUGUAACUGACAGCGUUCCCAAAACCAGGGCAGAACCCAGAGCACUGCAGAACAGUAAACCUGAGACACCACUACCAGUUUAUUACAGGAUGCAAGGUUACAGUGUCUCACCACUGUACACAGAUAAACAAUGUAGGAUCAAUAAGACGGCAAAUGAUGUGGCCAUAAAUCAUACGGAGACCCCUAAGCUGCCUUGCUUGCAGGACAAGCUGAACUCACAUGCUGAAAAAUAUGUUUAUCACACUGUGAAUAAUUUUGAACUGGAACUCAACACAGGAAUAGCCAAACAAGUGCAUCAACCAGGCAAAAAGAAUAAAGACCACAUCAUCAUGGACAACAACAAUGAGUACCAAAAGAACCUCCAGAUAAUGUUUCCAUGUGACCCAGAACUGUGGACAAGGUUCCAAAAAGCUGACUUGCUAAGUAUGACUAAAGCAGAAACGGGCAGAAUGGAGAAGGGAGUAGGACGAUGGGUAGGCUUACCCACCAAGGCUGACUGUGCUACAGAGCUGGGGCUCAAACCUUCUGAUUACAACAGAAAAGACAUGAAACUACCCAAACGGGCAAUUCAAUACAGUCGCAUACCAGAGCUGUCUUCCCUCCGCUAUGCAGUAGAGGGAUGGAGAAAUGCCUGGAAGAUCAAAACAAGAUGGCAGAGUGUGACUAUUGAGGGUUUAAAGAAGGAUCUCACUGACCUGCAUUGCCAAGUGCGAGUGGCAGCUAUUGCUACUUGUGCAUCAGGAGCAGUUAAUAGACCAGAAGUUGGUCCAGAUUCAGAUCAAACAGGUCUAGCUCAGUAUGGUCAAAGCUGUAAGGUAGGGGCGAUACCUCCAGAACUGCAACCCCUGCUUCUGUCUGCUCUUAAUGACCCAGUGAAGAGAGUUCAGAUUGCUGCUGCAGUAUGCCAGUAUGCUAUUGGAAUACCCAACGCCCAUGCUCAGGAUAUACUGCGAAAAGCAUUAAAAAAUGAUUCUUCAAGAACAGGAAUAGAUGGCUGGGUGGCAGCUCAGUGUUUAGGGAUAGAAGGAGAGGCCAGUCAAAUAGUAAUAGAAAGACUGAUCUCCCAACUCUUUCUUAGCAAUGCUCCAUCUGACCAAGAACAGGCUGCCACCUUACUAGCCAGCAUUAGUAGCAAGACUGUUCUAGUGCGGUCUUUGCUGGGAGAGGAAUUGAACUGUGCUGACUGGAGAAACCGAGUUCUUGCCUGCAAAACGAUCUCAGAGCUUAAAUGCCCGAUCAACAAGGACUUGACCAACAAGUUGCUGUACUUGAUGUGGAAUGACUGGAAUGGUUUGGUUCGUCAGGCAGCAGCACAGGCUCUUGGCAAACUGGGCUUAGGCAGUGACAUACACAAUGAGCUGAGUGUCAAACUACAUGAGGGUCCAACACAUUGGAGGGUGGAUGCAUUGGUUCUUAUUAGUCAACUGAAGAUAAUGACAGCCAAGCUUCUGCCCGCUUUCUUGCGCUGUCUCAAUGAUGAAUUUGUUGUUGUACGCAAACAGGCCUGUUCAACUGCUGCAUCUCUCAUAAUCAAACAUGAGACGCUCCAGAAUCAGCUGUUUCAGUUAAUGCAGAAUGACCCAUCAUGUGAUGUGAAGGUGGCAGCAAUAAGUGCUUUGGGAAGAAUUGGUUGGCUGACACCCACACUCCAGCAGCUCUUACUGUGGGCGCUACAACAUGAGAAGGAGCCCAAUGUCCGCAUUGCUGCCUGUGAGGCCUUGAAGAUGUUAGAGGUGAAAGAUCCUGAACUACAGAAUCUUCUUCGGGACCGCCUUGUCCUAGAAGUCAAUGCUCAAGUUCAAAGGAACAUUGUGAAUCUGAUGAAACACUAUGGCUACAGCCUAGAAAGGAAUCAAAGCGUGAGCAACAUGAUAACAGAGCAGGUACAAAAGCUCUGCACAAAGAGUAAUAUCACUGAGAAAUUGCUGUCACUAGAGGACCUGAAACAGCAAGCACAGAGAAACAAGCCAAAAAAAGAGAGCUGGCCAGAACCCGAGGUCAUGUCUGCACUCGUGCAGGGAGGAUUCAGAGGUGUGAAGACUCUUUAA